AUGGAAAAGAAAUUGAACGACCUACGAGGAUUUGAACCCAUGGAAAAGGAAAAGGACGAGGAGAUUGAACAGAUGGAAAAGCAAUUAACUGACUGCAGAGAAGUAAUUGAGGUUUUGGAAAAGGAGAUCAUCGACUUGCUUGAUGAAAAGGAAAGUUUGAAAAGCAAAAUGGAAAAGAAGCUGAACGACCUCGAAGAAGACUUGAGCAACCUACAGGAUUUGAACAUGGAAAAGGACGAGGAAAUUGGACAGAUGGAAAAGCAAUUACUUGACUGCAGAGAAGUAAUUGACGUUUUGGAAAAGGAGAUCGUCGACUUGCUUGCUGAAAAGGAAAGUUUGAAAAGCAAAAUGGAAAAGAAGCUGAAUGACCUCGAAGAAGACUUGAGCAACCUACAAGAUUUGAACAUGGAAAAGGACGAGGAGAUUGGACAGAUGGAAAAGCAAUUACUUGACUGCAGAGAAGUAAUUGAUGUUUUGGAAAAGGAGAUCGUCAACUUGCUCGAUGAAAAGGAAAGUUUGAAAAGCAAAAUGGAAAAGAAGAUGAAUGACCUCGAAGAAGACUUGAGCAACCUACAAGAUUUGAACAUGGAAAAGGACGAGGAGAUUGGACAGAUGGAAAAGCAAUUACUUGACUGCAGAGAAGUAAUUGACGUUUUGGAAAAGGAGAUCGUCUACUUGCUCGAUGAAAAGGAAAGUUUGAAAAGCAAAAUGGAAAAGAAGCUGAACGACCUCACAGAAGACUUGAGCAACCUACAAGAUUUGAAAAUGGAAAAGGACGAGGAGAUUGGACAGAUGGAAAAGCAAUUACUCGACUGCAGAGAAGUAAUUGACGUUUUUGAAAAGGAGAUCGUCAACUUGCUCGAUGAAAAGGAAAGUUUGAAAAGCAAAAUGGAAAAGAAGAUGAACGACCUCGAAGAAGACCUGAGAAAACUGCAGGAUAUGAACAAGGAAAAGGACGAGGAGAUUGGACAGUUGGAACAGCAAUUAACUGACUGUAGAGAGACAAUUAAAGUUCUGGAAAAUGAGGUCAUCAAGUCGAUGGAGGAAAAUCAGAAGUGGAAAACAGAAACGGAAAAGUUGAUAAGGAACAUAAAAGAGUUGAUCAACGUGCAGGAAAUGAAAAUGGAAAAGGAAGAGGGGGAAAAUGACAGAAGACGACGCUUUCAUGUGCCCAAUUGUGCAUCGCCCAAGUCCUAA